UACAGGCUCGCGUCUGAUUCAGCACAUACCUUGACCCUCCUCUCUUAGACUUUUCUUUCUUUUUCCAACCCUCCAAGUUUCAUUCACGUCACAAUGGCCGACACGACCCAGGCUCCCAUCAACGGCGGCUACCCUGCGCAACAUGCUUACCCCGAUUCCUUCAACCACGCCCCCGCCAACGUCAACAGCGCAGCUAGCUUCCAGCCUGCGCCGUCUUCUACCCCCUCGAACGCCCCGUCGAAUGACCAGAAGAAUGGUAUCUCGAAGGAUGAGGUUGGCUGGUACUUCGUCGAGCAGUACUAUACCAACAUGAGCCGCAGUCCGGAGAAGCUCCACCUCUUCUACUCUCGGCGCUCCCAGCUGGUUUUCGGUACCGAAGCCGAAUCGGUUCAGGUUGCCGUGGGCCAGAAGGCUAUCAAUGACAAGAUCAAGCAGCUUGACUUCCAAGACUGCAAGGUUCGUGUCCUGAACGUCGACUCCCAGGCUUCCUUCGACAACAUCUUGAUCUCGGUGAUCGGUGAGAUCUCCAACAGGUCUGAGCCUUCUCGCAAGUUUGUGCAGACCUUCGUGUUGGCGGAGCAGCCCAAUGGAUACUAUGUUCUCAAUGAUAUCUUCAGGUACCUCGUCGAUGAGGAGGAAGAGAUUGAGCAGGAAGAAGUUGUUCCCGCUGCCCCCGCUAUUCCGGCCGAAGAGCCAGCUCCUGAGGUGCCCGCACAGGCCGAGGUUGAGACUGUCCCCGAACCCGAGGAGGCCCAGGUAGACAGCGAGCCUGCUGCUGCCAAGGUUGACGAGAAGCUGGACGAGACCGAGGAAAAUGUUGAAGAGCCGGUCAAGGAGUCUGCUCCCCAGACCAAUGGGGCCGCUGUUCAGGAGACCCCCGUCGAAGCCGCACCGGAAGCUGUUGCCCCGGUCGAAGCCGAGGCCCCCAAGGUUGAGAAGCCCGCCACUCCCGAGCCCACUCCUGCUCCCGAGCAGAAGGAAGCUCCGGUUCCGGCCAAGGAAAGCGCACCAGCAAAGUUUGUCCCGAAAACUUGGGCCAACAUCGCAUCCAAGUCCGGUGCGGCGGCGCCAGUUGUCCCUGCUAUUCCCGUUGCUCCGGUGAAGGCUGCUCCUCCUGCCAGCUCCUCCCAGCCCACGGCUGCCCCUACCCCCGCUGCUCCUGCGCCUGCUCCUGCUCCUGCUCCUGCUCCCGAAGCCGUGCCUAGCCAGGCCCCCUCGAAUGAUGGUUCCGGCUGGCAGACCGCGGGCCAUGACCACAAGAAGACCCAGUCGCGUGCAGGUGAGGAACAGAAUGUUCUCGGUUACAUCAAGAACGUCACCGAAAAGGUUGAUGCAGGCCUGCUCAAGCAGACUCUGUCUCGCUUUGGAAAGCUCAAGCACUUUGAUGUGAGCCGUCAGAAGAACUGCGCCUUUGUUGAGUUCGGUGAUGCUGCUGGCUAUGCCGCCGCUGUUGCUGCCAACCCCCACCAGAUUGGAACCGAGCAGAUCAUUGUUGAGGAGCGUCGCCCUCGUGCCAAUGCCUUCGGUGGUAACGGCAGCUACGGUGCAGGCCGCGGUGGCGCCGGCCGUGGCCGUGGCGACCGUGCAGGUAGCCAGGGCCGGGGAGGCUUCCAGCGCGACGGUCGUGGAGGCUUCGCUCCCCGUGGCCGUGGCGGCAGCGUCAACACCAAGGGUCGCAACCAGGCCCCCGCUGCUUAAAGGCACUACUUAAGAAAAAAGAAAAAAAAAAAGCAAACCCAAAAAAGUCCCUUUGACGUCUAAUGAAGAAUGACGAGAGAAGGGAAGCAGUUGUUCACCCGGACGACCCUUCUCCUUUCCUUCCCUCCCCCCUUCUUUUUCCUAAUAAGGCCUUACAUGAUUCUUAGCCCUUCAUCCUGGCUUGAAACGGUAUACGGGUUUAGAUGCUCACGGCGAUCCAGGACAUGUAUUACUCCCCCAUUUACUGAUAAUGACAUGUGUUAUGUGGCCCCCCUCUGUCACAGUGCAUAUUAGCGGUUGGAAAAGUUUUCUUAUCAUUUCCUAACUGGGCUCUGAUUGGUCAUCAUGACUUUUGUUUUCUUCUCAUUGUGUUGUCAUGACUUUUCUUACCUUUCAUUUUUCUUUCCUCUUUGAUGGCUCCUUACCUCUUAGCAUAGCGAGCUGAAUGCCCGUAUUUCU